GGCGACCGGCGGCGGCUGGCGGGAUGAAGGCGCCGAGGAGACCGGGGCAGACGCGGCUCCUCCCCCGGUUCUGCGUUUGUGGAGUCGGUCUGCUCGCAGCCGCCUGGAUCUUCAACUUCAGUGAUGUUGCAGGCUCACAUGGACCCACUAUGGAUCACAGCAUCUCCUUUUCCAAGAGAGGGCUCAUCCAGCAAGCUGACAACCAGACUGACAGCAGGAGAUCUGCUAUCAGUGAUUUUCCUGAAGACAUCUUCACUAUGGAGCAGAGGAGACAGGGAGCGGUACUCCUUCAUGUCCUCUGUGCUAUCUACAUGUUUCAUGCGCUGGCCAUCGUGUGUGAUGUUUACUUUGUGCCAUCGCUGGAAAAAGUGUCAGAGAACCUUCAGCUCAGUCAAGAUGUUGCCGGGGCAACCUUCAUGGCAGCUGGGAGCUCCGCCCCCGAGCUCUUCACCUCUCUAAUUGGAGUGUUUAUCACAAAAGGAGAUGUGGGUGUGGGAACUAUCGUGGGAUCAGCUGUCUUUAACAUCCUGGUCAUCAUCGGGCUCUGUGGUAUCUUUGCUGGACAGCCCAUUUCUCUGAGCUGGUGGCCUUUGUUUCGUGAUGCUGUCUUCUACAUCCUGUCCAUAGUGGUGCUUAUCCUGGUGAUCUAUGAUGAGAAAGUCAUGUGGUGGGAGACCAUCAUCCUGAUCUCUAUGUACGGAAUCUACAUACUCAUCAUGAAGUUCAACAGAUCUCUGUGCAGCCUGGUAGAGAGACACUGCAGCAGGGCAGGUCAGCCGUGUCUGAGCAGCCUGCGGCGGACCACUGCUGUCGGAAGUAUCGGAGACUGUGACAAUGACAUGGUGCCGCUGAAGCCAGGUGCUGGAGCUCGUGUUUAUUCGUCUGUGGUGGCCGGCCAGGACUCAGGGGUGGUGAUGGUGGAUGAGCUGCUGAACCUGCACCCCCACCAGCUCUCUUUUUCAGAGGCAAGCCUCCGCCUUCUCAUCACCCCGCAUUUCCCCCCCUUCACCCGCCUGCGCAUGGCAGGACGCAUGGUCAUCAACGAGAGACAGAGGCUGAUUCGGGCCCGGGGCGGCUCAGAGGAGGGGGGAGCUUCAGGGGAGGACGGUUUGGGUGCUAACGGGCAGUGGGGGAGGGAGAACGGGACGAUGGCCGAGGGAGACAGGCAGCCGCUGGAGGGAGAAAGGGAGAGAGUUAAAGAGGCGGGGGGGGAGACAGGUGGGGGAGUGCAGCCGAAAGAGGACGAGGAGGAAGAGGAAGAGCAGGAGGAUGGAGAGGAGGAGAGUGCUCCUUUCAAACCCUUCAUCCUGCCAGAUGGUUGGUGUGUGCGUCUGAAGUGGCUGCUCUCUUGGCCCGUGAGCAUCCUGCUUCACUGCACCAUCCCCGACUGUAACCUGCCGCGGUGGGAGCGCUGGUAUCUGCUCACCUUCCUGUCCUCCACGCUCUGGAUAGCCCUCUUCUCCUACCUCAUGGUCUGGAUGGUGACCAUAAUCAGCUACACACUUGGAAUCCCAGAAGUCAUCAUGGGCAUCACUUUUCUGGCAGCCGGCACCAGUGUCCCCGACUGCAUGGCCAGCCUCAUCGUCGCCCGGCAAGGGAUGGGUGACAUGGCUGUGUCCAACUCCAUUGGCAGUAAUAUAUUUGAUGUACUGCUCGGUCUGGGCUUCCCCUGGGCGCUGAGGACUCUCAUCGUCAGCUACGGAUCAGUGGUGACAAUCAACAGCAAAGGCCUGGUGUACUCAGUGAUUCUGCUGCUGGCCUCAGUCACACUCACUGUCCUGUGUGUGCAUCUGAACUGCUGGAGGUUGGACCGCAAGCUGGGACUCUGUCUCAUACUGCUCUACGCCAUCUUCCUCCUCUGCUCCGUCGGCUUCGAGAGGUUAUAGAGGACACACGCACUUCUCAUGUACCACACCCACGCACGGAGUCACACAAAAGGAUGCACAAACAAGUGGUGCGACUUGUUUUCCACCCUCACUGCUGCCAUUAUUCAUCAGACGUACAGAUGGAUGACUUUUCAUUUCACUCCACAGUGGCUGUACGUGUUUGAGCAGCGUGUGACACCAGCUGUCUGAAAGCUGCAUUGUUUACCUUUGAUAAACGAGUAUUUUACAUAGUUUUGUACUGAGCACCUCAAGCCCAGACUUUGUGAAAUCAAACCCAACUGAUAAUGCACUGUCUCACAACAAAUUUAUAAAGUAUUGAAAUUGUGUUCUGAAACCAAGACCAUUGUAUAAGGAACCCCAAAGUGUGUUAGUUUACUUAUUAAUACUUAAUGACUGCCACAGGUAACCUCAAUGACCAGAUGAAUACACGUGUAAGUUUAUAUAGUUGCUUCUCAGUGUGUGACGUUAUUUUUUUGUAAAGUUUAAUGUCGAGUUUUCAUCAUGCCUUUGUGUCUGUAGUUGUACACAGCAUAGCAUGGCUGAACAUCACGCUCCAGAUAAUUGCACUAAGCCACUGUUGUCUUUGACCUUGUACAUGACAUAGGCCCCGCCCCCUCUUUCCUCAAAGCUUCUCAGCACAGGGGUGGUGUUAAUGUGCUGAAACAAAAGCCACUGUUUGCUACAAGGUGUUUUUGAAUGUGUUU